UUAAUUCCUCUGUUUUCUCCUUUGUCAUCACAUUGUUUCUUUGACCUGUGUAACUUGAUGAAUCAUUGUGACCUCUGUGUGCCUCCAAGUAUGGUUCCUGAGCAAGACGGCUUCUUUACGGGCCGUUGCAUACUGGUGAACGGCCCGGUGAUUGUUGGGGCUGGUCCGUCUGGUUUGGCAGUUGCUGCUGGCCUUAAGCAACAAGGUGUGCCAUUUGUGAUCCUUGAGAGAGCCAACUGCAUUGCCUCACUGUGGCAAAAUCGAACGUAUGAUCGACUAAACCUUCACCUCCCCAAACAGUUCUGUGAACUUCCUUACAUCCCUUUUCCAGAAAACUUCCCAGAAUAUCCAUCUAAGCACCAGUUCAUCAACUACCUUGAAUCCUAUGCGAAGCACUUUGAGAUUGAUCCUAGGUUCAAUGAACUAGUCCAGUCUGCUAAGUACGAUGAAACGUGUGGUUUGUGGCGUGUUAAGACGGUUAGUAGUAAUAAUUCAACCACAGAGUACAUUUGUAGGUGGCUUGUGGUGGCUAGUGGGGAAAAUGCAGAGAAAGUGGUGCCAGAAUUUGAAGGGCUGCACGAGUUCAACGGGAAUGUGAUGCAUGCUUGUGAUUAUAAAUCAGGCGAGGAUUUCAGGGGGAAACGUGUUCUAGUCGUUGGUUGUGGGAAUUCAGGAAUGGAAGUUUCUCUUGAUCUUUGCCACCAUCAUGCAGCUCCAUCAAUGGUGGUUCGGAGCUCUGUUCAUGUAUUGCCGAGGGAAAUAUUGGGAAAAUCAACGUUCGAGCUAGCAGUUUCGAUGAUGAAAUGGAUGCCACUGUGGGUUGUGGACAAGAUACUGCUGGGAGCAGCAAGAUUGAUUCUUGGUAACUUAGAGAAGUAUGGCCUCAAAAGGCCAUCUAUGGGGCCUUUACAGCUCAAGAACACAGAGGGGAAAACCCCCGUCUUGGAUAUAGGGACACUGUCUAAAAUUCGAUCCGGUGAUAUCAAAAUAGUUCCAGGAAUCAAGAAGUUCCUGCAGGGAGGAGUUGAGCUUGUUAAUGGAGAAGUUCAUGAAAUUGACUCUGUUAUCUUGGCAACUGGAUAUUCUAGCAAUGUUCCAUCAUGGUUAAAGGAAAGUGAAUUCUUUUCAAGCGAUGGUUUUCCAAGAUCUCCAUUUCCAAAUGGAUGGAAAGGCAAAGCCGGACUUUACGCCGUUGGUUUCACAAGAAGAGGGCUAUCCGGUGCAUCUCUGGACGCCGUCAGAGUUGCACAAGAUAUCUGCAAGAUCUGGAAUCAAGAAACGAAGCAGAAAAACCACUGCGUUGCAGUCUCCUGUCACAGAAAAUGCAAGCCAUAGUUCACCAAAUUCGAACUUUGAUCACAAUGUUUUAGCAAAGUUUUUCUCUUCUUACUUAACUCUUUUUUCCCCCCUUUUCUGCUUUUCUUGUAGUUUUCACUUGCACAUUGACAGAUCAAAUGAGUUUGGAUAGAGAAAAAAGACAGGGUGUAACAUAAAACUGAAGGCAGCCCUCUUCAAGAAAAAAAAAAAAAAAACAAGUCCCAGAAACCUUUUGUUUUUGGGCAUUUUUGUACAAAAGGAAGAUGAGGCUUUUCUCUCGUUUCUUUUAAAGGGAUUUGUACAAAAGUUGAUGAUAGUUCCAAAGGUGUUCGAUGAAAUGUUUCUGUCCCUCUCCCUCUCAUUCUCUGCGUUUUCUGGUCCAGCACUCUCUGUGUUUAAUUACAAAGAAAUUGAUGGG